AUGAGCAACACCGAGCUAGUGACCGUUGCGCUACCCCAGUCAGCCAUACUUCCUAGCACUGUCGUUGAGGACCAUGAAAGAACGUCCCAGCGACCCCAGGACGAAGAGAGGGAUCCGUGGAAUGGCAGACGAAGAGAGCAGGAGCUUGCGCCCGUAGAUGGAGGACCAGCUGCUUGGAGGCUGCUAUGCGCCGCCUUUAUGUUUGAGGCAUUGCUAUGGGGUUUUCCCCUCUCCUUUGGUGUCUUUCAAGAAUACUACUCCAGGAUCCCAGAGUUUUCCGGCAAUCGCUACAUUUCCGUUGUCGGCACCAUAGCAUCCGGUCUCGGUUACCUUGGAGCACCACUUAUCAUGCCUUUUAUCCAGCGCUAUCAGCGGUGGCAGCGACAGAUGAUCUGGGUUGGGUGGUCAAUUUGCAUUGCCGGACUCGUCCUUGGGUCCUUUGCAUCCACUCUAGAGGUACUUAUCCUCACUCAGGGCGUGGCUUACGGCGUUGGUUUUCUCAUAUUCUAUUACCCCAUCCUCAGUAUGGUAAAUGAAUACUGGAUCGCUCGUCGUGGCAUGGCCUACGGUGUUCUUUGCGGUGCCUCUGGUGUCUCAGGGUCCGUCACGCCAUUCGUGCUGCAGGCACUUCUGGCAAAGUACGGGUACAGAACCACUCUUCGCGCUGUGGCCGUGGCUCUCACCCUGCUCACCGGACCGUUUAUUCCUCUCCUGAACGGACUUUUGAUUUUCUUCGCCAUGGUAUAUGGAUUCUUCGGGUCAGGAUUUACUGCCAUCUGGGCAAGGAUGAGCACCGCCAUAACCGACGACGUGACAGCGACACCAAUUGUCUUCACCUUGCUCAACUUUGGCAAAGGCAAAUAG